CAAAACCAAGCAGUUGUCUGAGAAAAGCCAUGGCAAUUUUAGUUUUAACAGUAAUUCUCCUUUUAGGACAAGGGAUCCUCAGCCAGAAUACUAAAUCCUUAGAGCCCUUGACAAAACUAAACGAAAUCGUCACCUCCCGUUUAAAGGAAAGCCUCAAAGAAGCCCAACCUGGAGAGUUUUCCUCGCAUUACUUGAAACUACAGCAAGCAGCUGAGCUUCCGUUUUACCAACUAGAUCAAAAAAUAAUGGUUUUUAAUGAGAUCAAUGUUCUUCAGCAGAAUGAAAGCUCCUUGAACUCAACCAGUGCUCCAGUCAACCAAAAUGACACUUUGACCGAGGAAGCAUCGGCAUUACGGCAACUCUCAGACAGGGAGUUUCGAAGGAGAGUCCUGAGACUCUUAAAAAGGCUUGGUAUCUACGAUAGUUUCACUGACCGAGUUUUUAAGGCAAUCCUAAGCGAUGAAAAGCAACUGAGAAUGCUUAAAAAAAAGCUUGACUCUUUGGGAGAUGAUAACAAGGAAGUGAGCAAAGAUGCCCUCUGGAGCUUUAUUCACGAUCUAUUCUGA